AUGGGCAAAUUGGAGAACAAGUUGACGUUGGGCUUCACAGAGAAAGAUCUCGAAAGACUGUUCGAUAGGCAAAGAAGCAAUUCAGUCCUCAAGAAGAAAUUAGUCGUGAACCAUGGAGAUACUAGAAUAGAUAUUCUUCAGGAUUUCUCCUUUUGUCACGUCUGCGAAUGUGAACUGACGUUCGACAAAUCCAGAUGGCACGAAGCUGAUGUCAUUAUCUUAACAGAUGAAAAUUAUCCCAAAGGAGAAUGCGUUUGA